AUGAGUAAGUUUAAGGAUAAAAAACCUCCAAAUCCAAUCACGGUAUCGACAAAUACACAACAUUAUGAUGAUGCAGCUUUAGAAGGAGUUGCUGCAAAUGUAAAACUACUAUUAAAACUGAUUCAAGAUCACAAAGAUGCAUGCAAAACACAAAGGAAUGAUGGAAAAAGGAUGUUAAGGGUGGCAGGAAUGAUGACCAUCCUUGACAUGGUUCGAACGAGGAUUAAAAAUUGUCAAUCGUUUGGAACCAAGCAAGGCGAGCUUUCAAGGUCGAGUCCAUGCCAAAGCCCAAAAGACAAACGAUCAUCCGAGUCGAUAACAUGUGAUGAAAAAGAAAACUUGAAAAGAGAACUCAACGCAAACUUGGCAACGCGUAAGAGUCUGGAGAUGAUGUGCUCGAGUUUGGGUAAAGAAAAGGAGAUAAUGAUGGGAGAGUUGACCAAAAAAUCACACGAGUUAGCAGAAAUGGAGGAACAUAUAAACAAUCUUAAAGCACAAAAUGAGACCUUAUUAGAAAGAGUUAAAGAAUGCGCAGAUGUACAUACAGAUGAAGGAAAAGGGAAAGAAACGCAAGGAACCAUAGAACUUCAAGACCGUAACAAAUCACUUUCCAAUCAACUUUUGAAAACAUUAGAUGAGUACAGAUCAAUGAAGAGAAAACUAACAGAAGUGCAAGAAGAGAAUACGGCCAUGCAGUCAGCAAUGGAGGAAAUGGGAGUCAAAGUUAGUACCAGUUUACAAAAAAUUCAAAAGUAUAGACGACAUCUGACAACAGAAAGUGAUGAAAUUGCGGAUAUUGAAGAAGGGGUUUCAGAGUUAGAACAUAUGUUUAAGUGUUUUGAAUUAAAUGAGAAAAAACAUGGAAAGAAAAGUGAACAUGCUAAAAAACCAGAUGUAAAGCCGAUAAAAGAUACCAAAAAAAUGUAA